GUGCGUUUUUUCUUCUCGCUGCCAGCCCACCUGGUUGCGGCCUUCUCCUCGCGUCGACGUCGCCGGAGCCGGCGCCGGCCACCACCUCUCCUCCUCCUCUCUUCCCACGGCCAGCACCUCUGCCGGUCCUCUGCCCUCUCUGCGAUGCUGCCGCCGGCUUGGCGGACAGACCAGCCAUCAAUCCUCUUCUCUCGCCAGAGUUGCCUCUGGCUGCCCACUCCACUCCUCUCCCUCUCCUUCCCGCGAUGCCUCUACUGGAUAGAUUCGGCACCGGUUAAACACACGACCGGCCAUAGCUUCGCCUUGUGGCGUCGUCAUCCUCUCCACAGCCCCCGCUGAGCACCUCUCGCCGCCGAUCGACAUCUCCUCCCUUCUCCUCUCGCCGCCGACUUCCCAAGUUGUAGCUUCUGCCAGCAACGCCGACGUUGCCUCCCUCUUCUUACACGCGACAACACUGUAUGCUCACUGUUCUAGUGUCCAUAGCCGUCGCCGGCAGCCUCCACGCGCCACCAGCCCUUCGCGACAACAUCCACGCGCUGCAGUCGCAUAGCCGGCACCUCCCGCGGCAACCGACAACCGCCGUUGGCCGACCCACUGUCUCGACGGACCUCAUAGCGUCAUUACCGUUGCCGACAGCCUCGCGGUCGGAUUCGAUCAUCUAGGGCCCUGGUCUUUAGGUCCAACGUCGAUCCCGCUCUCGAUCCUAGCCCUCCGAGCUCUCGCGGUCAUUAUGUUCCGACUCGACGUGUGUGAUGUUUUUAUGCUGUGAUUAUUGGACCGCUAUUAUAUCCCGGCCUGCAGGCCGCGGUUAUGUUUCAGACUAUGUGUGUUGCGUCCAGCCGUGGGGUUGCCAUUAUUUCCCGGCCUGCGUGCCGAUCUUAUUUCCCGGCCUGCGUGCCGACCUUAUUUCCCGGCCUGUGUGCCGAUCUUAUUUCCUGGCCUGUGCGCCGAUCUCAUUUCCCAGCCUGUGUGCCGAUCUCGGGUCCCGGCCUACGUGCCGGUAUCGUAUCCUGGUCUGUGUGCUGGUGCCUUAUCCCGGUCUACGUGCCGGUACCUUAUCUCGGUUUGUGUGCCAGUGCUUUAUCCCGGUCUGCGUGCCGGUAUUAUAUCCCGACCUGCAAUUCGUCUUCCGGGUUCGUGCCUCGUUCAGCUUCUCGUCGUCAGAUCCAGCUCUCCAUCCUGAUCGGACGUCGCCUACUCUUCCGGAUCCCAACAAAUCGAGCCGCGUUCCAUCCGAGGGCGCCCCCCUGGACCAGGAUCUGCCUCGAGCAUCAGGGUACCGGGGGCCGGGUCAACCCAGUCGCUGGCUGCAGGUAGCGUUGACCAGAGGACUUCCGAAGACUUGGUCAACACGGGAGCCAUCUCAGCACACCCCCCCCUCCGGGACGUCGCGACUCAGUCAACGUUCUCGCCACCUCACCCGGCGGUCCAUCUGACUCAGCUUCCGGACGUGAUCAAAUUUGGCGCCGUCUGUGGGAACACAACAACUUGUUCCGGAACGUGAAGAUGGAUGACGUUGGGAGGUUCUAUGCUAUUAUCACAAUCCCGGAGGAUCUCGAUAUACAUAUUAUUUUCUAUCAUCACUCCACCGGUAUUCGGGAGUCGAGGGAUCGAGUGGAGCUUCAGUUGGCUGAUAGGUUAGUUUUUUCGUUAUGUUUUUUCCCUGACUCCACGUGUAUUUGGGAGUUAAGGGACCGAGACAAACCCUUAGCCG